UAGGCUAGUUACCCACGAUCAACCGACAAAGUUGCGCACCUGCCUUGUCGCUUCCGUGAAGCACACAAUCUCUAUUUUGCAGAGCACGGCUCUCUGCCACCAGCCAGCGCGACAUGUCCUUUCGCAGCGAUGACUCGCGCCGGUACGGCCAUGUGCCGCCAGCGCAAUAUUCUGUUGCCACCCCUCCACAGGAGCCUGCCGGAUACCCCGCGCGGCGACUGAGCUUCAACAGCGGCGAUGAUGCCAACUACUUCGAACAGCCCAACACUCGACCCCAACGGUCAUACACGGGUAGCACAGGCAGGGCCGACGAGGAGCUCUUCAUAACUGGACCGACUGCUGAGAGCCAGCCGGCCGCUAACCGGGCGAGCUACGUCUCUCACAACGCAGCAGCAGCUACCUACCAGCGUCAAUACCAGGUCCCGCCCCCUCCCCCGUCGCAUUCGACAUACAACCCCCAGGCCUUUGCUCGCUCGCAGUCGACUUCACUCCCGUACCACCCCGCACAGAACUUGCGGCAAACACCGUCCACGAGCCCAAUUUACACUUCCCCCCCGACGACCUACACGCCCCCGGUAUACAACCCCGCAGCAUACGCGAACACCAACUCGGCCCUUUCCCACAGGCAAUCCACCGGCGGGUACAACAACUAUGGCUACGGAAACUAUACCACACCUGCCGUUCCUCACGUAUCCACAGCAUACGUCCCUCAGCCGCCGUCAACUUAUGGCGCCGGCGGAUCACAACCCUCUUCGGCGACCACGCCUUCGGCCCCGCAACGAUAUGAGCCUGCGCUGCACAGUCCGCAAUAUGCACCCGCAGCAGCGCCGUCCGCCGUCUCGCCUCAGUACGAAUCGCCAUAUCCCACAUCGUAUGGUGGUCAACAAUACUCCGGGUCGUCGUAUGCUAGCAACGGUGUCACGGCCGGGUCGAGCCCAGCAUACUCUGCGCCUACCGCGCAUACACCGUACCCUGUGCACUCCCUGAUGCCCGUUGGGCCCGCCUACUCUCCAGACCCGAACUCUUUCUCUAACCGGGUGUCUCGAUCCAACUCUCAGCCGUCGCCGCUGCCGUCUCCCCCAACUCAUUCCCAGGCAUCGCCUCAGGUCCAGAGGCAUCCGACAAAUGCGCCGCUUCCCAGUCGCCCGAUGGAUGACUUGCCGGAGGAAUCAGACUGGACAAUCAAUGGUGGCGGCGAGACUGAUUUCCAGGUGGCUCAAGAGAGCUUGAUUCAGGACAUUGUCUCCGAUUUGGGUAUAACGCACACCCAGCGGCCCCAGACCGCCAAUGGUGCCGCCUCGGAUGAUCUUCUGGACAAGGCGCAUCGGUACAAUUCUACCUCGUCGAGGACGACUUCCGACACGGGCGUGAACCGGUACCCGUCAAAUGCCUCGUCCGCCUUCAAUAACACCGUGGUCUCCACCAACACCACCUACACCUGGGAUUCUGAAGAAAGCGACCCAGAAGGUGCAGCUGGUCUGCUGGCGAUGAGAGACGAUAUGGACGAUCGAAGGUUUGGUGGAAUCACAUUUCCGGCAUAUAUGGAACCACUCGCCUCCCCGCCGCCGCCGCCGCCGCAGCAGCAGCAGCAACCGCACCAGUCGCCGUCUCAGCAGUCAGCGCAGCAACAUUCUCACCAGCCGCUCCGGUCGCACUCGCCGCUUCCCGAGCCUCCUGAGGAGCAGGUGAGUACAGGCAACGAGUUCGGCGGAAUGGAUCUCGGCAUGUACGGAGGCGGCUACGCCGGGAAUCUGCAGUAUGGCAACGAGGUCGGUUCCCCACCGGCAAUUACCCAGAGCCAGGACGCCCCUCGUCCGCUGCCGAUGCCUCAGGGUCAGGGAGCCGAGUACCCGCCUUUCUCUGAUGUGUCGGUCGAUUACGGAGGCACGGGCGGCCUUCUCCCUCCUCAGACUCGUCGCUUGAGCUUCGACGACGGCGAUGAGCGAGCAUCCCUCCAUUCUCGGCACAGCGGGAGCGAUUCUCCCCCCAAGGAGGAAUACCCUUAUGAUCAAAUGUUCUGGCACCCAGGCCUCUCACACCGUCCGUUGCCUGCCCUCCCCUCUCAGACUGCAGAUGGCGGCUCGCAGGUUUCACCACAACCUUCUGUCAGGUCUGGUUACCAGCACAACUACUCCCUGAGCGCAGACUCGAGGCUCCCUUACCCGCCCGACACACCUGUCCUCUACCAAGGUCAACAUUCCGCCCAACCUCCCGUCGAGAGGUCAAUAUCGCUUUCGAACCACAGCACCACACCCCCGGUCCAGGCGCCUGCGCGGUCCCGAACAGAUGCUACUGAGGAGCGGAGGCGAGCGCUCAAGCAUAUGUCCCAACCGCAUGCACACUCCUACCAGCACGGCGCCGCGGCACCAUACGAGAGCUAUGAUACUGGAACGCCGUCCUCACUGGCCGCUUAUGAUAUGAUCACGUUGCCCACCGGUCGGAAGAGGAAGUUUGUGCCUUCGAAACUCACGGCCGCGGAUUUCAAGCGCUGUGCGGAGCCCUGGGCUUUGAGUGGCAUCACAUCCUGGAUUCGCGAAAUGGCGGAGGGCGAACCGGAUCUGAAGAGGAAGACGAUUGAAGAAGGCGUUCUUAAGCUCUUCUGUGCCAAGGUGCCGACCAUGAACGUUGCCGAUGCGGAGUUGCUAAGUGCGAGGGUGGUCGAUUGUAUGUUCGCCACCGGCAUUCUGAUUCCCGAGGAAGAAUGGGUCAAGUUCGGCGCAGGACAGCUCUCCGGUGUGCUGGUGCAGCUCACCGGCUCUGGGUGCUUCGCGCCCAAGUUGCAUGAGGACGAGGGGAUGGCGCCCAGGUUGCACGACAACGGCAUACCGGUGAGGUGUUAUUCUCACACCUGUGGCAGGACCCUCAAGAAGGUAAAUCUCGACAAUAUGAUGUCCGAAGAGGACGUUGUCGUCUUGGACUGGGCCACCUUCCAUGGCGUGACCAAGGAGGAGAUCCAGUCGAAGCCCAAGAAGGAGGUCGAGCGGCAGAAUGUCCUGCAUGAGAUCGUAACAGGAGAGGAGGAAUACAUGGGCCAGCUCGACGUUCUUCGUCUGCUAUAUCGCGACUGGCUCCGGGCGUGGCAGCCGCCCAUCAUCGCGGAAAACCGGAUGGAGAAAUUCAUCGACGCUGUGUUCGGCAAGGUGGAUGCUGUCCAGCAAAUCAACAAGGAGCAUCUGCUCGCUCAGCUCAAAUACCGCCAACAAGAACAAGGCCCGUGGAUCGUCGGAUUUAGCGACUUGUUCAGAGAGUGGAUUCGAAAAGCCAGACCGAUCUAUAUCGAGUACUGCUCGUCGUUUCCGUAUGCCUCGUAUCUAAUCAGGAAAGAGGCGGCCAGAAACCUGCUCUUCCGCCAGUUCCUCGAUGUGGUCCGAGACCACAAACGCUCCAAACGUCUGGAGUGGACAACGUUUGUCAAGGCGCCCAUCACCAGGCUUCAAAGAUACGGUCUCCUUCUCGAAACGGUCAAGAAGAACAUGCCUGGGGAGAGCGAGGAGAAGACGAAUCUCGAGCGAGCUCUGGAAGAGAUCAAGAAGGUCACCCACGAGUGCGAUGAGAAAGUAGCGGAGAUGACAAGGAAGGUUGAGCUGCUCGAGCUGCAGUCCAUGCUGGUUCUGCGACCUGGCUUCCAGUCCGUCCUCAAUCUCGACCACCUUGGCCGAGAGCUGCUCAAGCAGGGCGACCUGCAAAGACAGGGCUCGAAAGGUGUCCGCUGGGUUGACACCCAUGCCCUACUCUUUGACCACUACUUCAUUCUUGCCAAGGCAGUACCCUCAAAGGACGGGAGGACCGAUAAGAAAUAUGAUGUGUCCAAGGAGCCCAUCCCCAUGCCCCUGCUCUUCCUCGAGAGCAUGAACGACGACCCGGUCGCCAAGCAGAAGGGCUUGACGGCCCCUUUGGCUCGAACCACAGCGGCAACCGGUUCCGGGACACAGCUUAACAAGGUGAACUCGAAUGGAGGCGACCGGCCCGGAAUUGAACAUACCGCAACCGGACCGUCCAUGAGUUCUCUCAAUACGGUAUCGCGGCUCACAUCGGCAGGGGCCGAUGACGGCAAGAUUAUUUAUCCGUUCAGGAUCAAGCAUCUUGGUCACGAUAUCUAUACGCUUUAUGCAUCGUCGGCUCAAGAGCGCGCCGCUUGGUGUUCGGCCAUAAUCGAGGCCAAGACCAGGCAUGCCAGAGCGCUCCAUGCACAAAACGCCGAGCCGUUCCGCCUGCGCGUCAUUGCGGACAGCGCGUUCGCGUAUGACUCGGCGUCACUCUUGGGAAGGCAGCCCAGCGUGUCGAUCAGGGGCACGCCUUUGGACAGAGCGAUCCGCGAGAUGGAGCAGGUGUACGGCCCGGGGAGAGGCCCGCCUCCGGUGUGUCGGGCGAUGGUGAACUGCGCCUGCGGUUUCACGGCGUUUGGCAAGUCUCUCAUCGCCAUUGGGACCGAUUAUGGCGUUUACAUAUCUGAGGUGUCGAACCCUAGGGGUUGGACACGGUCGGUUCAGAUCAACAGAGUUACGCAGAUUGCCGUCCUGGAGGAGUUCUCUGUCUGCCUCCUUAUCGCGGAUCGAUCGCUGAUUUCGUACCCGCUCGACGUGAUUGCGCCGGUAUCGAAUUUCCCUGCACCGGCGCACGACAGUCCGCGCCGCGCGCCGCAACGUCUUGCCAAGGACGUGGCCUUCUUUGCGACGGCCCGCAUGAAGGACAGGAUGCUCGUCUUCUACAAGCGCAAGGAGGGUAUGCAUAACACGUUCAGAGUCCUCGAGCCAGUGUUCCAAAAGGCGAGCGAAAAGCGAUCUCGCCUCUUCGGUAGCCGCCGCGGAGGCUCGGGCGGGACGACCGAGUCCUUCCGGGACUACGAUGCCUUCUACAUUCCGACUGAGUGCUUCUCGCUCAAUCUCUUCCAGAACUACAUCGCAGUCGCGACUGCCAAGGGCUUCGAACUGCUCACGCUCGACAAGAAGGUCACACAAUCUAUUCCGCGCGAUCUCGGCCAGGCCGCCAUCGCCAACAUCGCCUCGCGCAUCAAGGAGCCACACCCGCUCGGCAUGUUCAAGCUGAACGAUCAGGAGUUCCUGCUCACCUACGACGACUGCGCCGUUUACGUGGACAAGCACGGCGAGAUCAGCCGCACCCUCAUCAUGGAGUACUCGGGCAAGCAGAAGAAGGCGAAAGCAGCCACGAUGUUUGGCCAAUAUCUCGUGCUGUUCAACGACGACUACGUCGAGGUGCGUAAUGCCGAGAACGGUCGCCUGCGGCAGAUCAUUGCCGGGCGCGAUGUGCGCUGUCUAGAUUUCGGGUUCCGCGGUCCCACGGGGACUGCCGCUGGCGGGGUCGGUGGUGGUGGUGCCGGCUUGGCCGGGCUACAGCCUCCCACGGGGGCGCAGCAGGAUUCCAAGGGCACGGUCAAGAUCUGCAUGAGCCAUCCGGAGGUGCCCGGCGGGCAGAUCGUGCUAGAGAUGUUGUUGAAUGACGGACACGCGGAAUGAUGCUGAGACGGGGAUUAUGGAGAGGAAAUGGUCAUGAUCGUGACGGGCGAAUGAACUACAACACCAUGGGAAGAAGGUGAAGUGAGCACAGCAGUGAUGAUGACAGUGAUGACAACAAGGCCAACAGUUGGGUUGGCGAUGACGGUACUCCUUUGAUUUACGAGAUGUGGAAGCUCAAUCUUGUUGGAGGA